AUGUGGGGGACGGCUGUCGAGCUCCGAAACUGGGAAAAGAGGAAAGACAUGUCAUUUGCGCUGGGGUUGGGAAUGUCCAUAACACCAUUCGAAGGGCUUCACCGCAAGCUCGUCGUUGCAAUCGACAUCGGCACGACAUACAGUGGAGUUUCUUACAGCAUCCUCGAUCCUGGUCAAAUACCCGAGAUCAGAGGUGUAAACAGAUACCCUGCACAAGAACAUGUCGGUGGGGACUUGAAGAUACCGACCGUUCUCUGGUAUGAUCAAGCCGGCGUGGUACAAGCUGCUGGCGCCGAAGCCACUCGAGACGGCAUUGAGUUGCAGGCCGAGGAGGAACAGUGGAUCAAAUCUGAAUGGUUCAAAGUCUACAUGAGACCAAGCGCUACCCAAGCGCCUAAUGAGCUACACAAAAUCCCGCCUCUGCCGCUCGCUAAAUCUGUAGUCGAGGUCUUCGCCGACUUUCUACGCUACAUUUUCUCCUGCACGGAGACGUACAUCCAAGAGACCCAUGCGAGCGGAAAGGCCAUCUGGGAGAGCUUCGAGGACGAGAUCCAUUUCGUCUUGACGCAUCCGAACAGCUACGAAGGACCGCAGCAAGCUAUGAUGCGCGAGGCCGCGGUGCUAGCAGGGCUUGUACCCGAUGAGGCGGCUGCCCAGGCUCGCGUUUCCCUUGUCACAGAAGGAGAAGCUAGUCUUCACUACUGCAUUCAGAGUGGGCUGACGACGGAGGCGAUGAAGGAAGGAAAAGGUGUCAUGAUCGUGGAUGCUGGUGGCGGGACCAUCGACUUCAGCUCAUACGCUCAAGUCGGCGACGCGUUCCAGGAGGUCGCAGCUGCAGCAUGCAUCUACAGCGGCUCUGUAUUCGUGACAAGUCGAGCGCGACUCUUUUUCGAGGGUCUUCUGAAAGGAACUCGUUUCGAGGAAGACAUAGACGUGAUAUCAGAGCGCUUCGACAAGAAGACCAAACCCGCCUUUCGCACGAGUGAAGAUGACUACUUUAUCCAAUUCACCGGCGCUCGUGAAAAGGAACCAACCCUCAACGUUCGGUCAGGACAACUUCGUAUCAAAGGAUCUGAUGUUGCUUCUUUCUUUGACCCGUCCGUCGAUGAUAUCGUGCAGUCGGUUGAUGAACAGACUCUCGCAUGCCAGACCGAAAUCUCGUCCUUAUUCCUUGUUGGCGGUUUCGCAGCGAGUGACUACCUGUUCAACAAUCUGAAAGAAAGAUUCGAACUAUACGGGUUCGACCUUUCUCGUCCUGAUAGUCAUAUCAAUAAGGCGGUGGCUCAUGGCGCCGUUUCCUACUAUCUGGAUCACCGAGUGACGACACGAGUCUCCAAAUAUACCUACGGUAUACCUUGCAACGUCCCAUUCGAUCCAAGCAAUGUAGAUCACAAGAAACGCGAAUCAUCGAAAUACCAAAACGCAUCCGGUAAAUGGUACAUUCCUGGCGCAUUCGAUGUCAUACUACCGCGGGACACCCAGGUUGCAGAGACAAGAGAAUUCCGCCGAAGCUUUGGUCGCGUCAGAAAGCAGCUCUCUGACCUCCAUACAAUGGAAGCGUCAGUUAUGUGCUACCGGGGUACGGAGAAAUGCCCAAAGUGGAUCGAGAGGGAACCGGAAAUGUUUACUUCUAUGUGUACAAUCGAAGCAGAUUUGAAGGAGCUCUGCGCCACCCUAAAGCCCCAGCGUUCAAUCAUGGAUGACGGGGCAGAAAAUGAGUACUACCGGAUCGACUUCGACAUCGCUCUCUUAUUCGGAUUAACCGAGUUCAAAGCCUUAGUAGUAUGGAAAGAUGAUCAAGGCCAGGAAAAACGGAGUGCUGCGGCGAAAGUCAAGUUUGCUCCGGACGACAAUGACUAA